AUGAAUCCCACAAAGUUUGAAAUGAUUGAAGACCUAGCAAUGCUGACUCAUCUCAAUGAAGCAUCCGUGCUGCAUACCCUGAAGAGGCGCUGUGCCCAUUGGAUGACCUAUACAUAUUCAGGUCUCUUCUGUGUGAGCAUAAACCCUUACAAGUGGCUCCUCGUGUAUCAGAAAGAAGUCAUGGCUGCCUACAAAGGGAAGAGGCGAUCAGAAGCUCCCCCUCACAUCUUCGCUGUGGCCGAUAAUGCCUUUCAGGAUAUGCUUCACAAUGGGGAGAAUCAGUCUGUACUUUUGACAGGAGAAUCUGGUGCUGGAAAGACUGUGAACACCAAACAUAUUAUCCAGUAUUUUGCCACCGUAGCAACCAUGGGUGAAUCUAGGGAAAAGCCGGUACCAGGGCUCACUCAGGGAACUUUAGAAGAUCAAAUCAAGCAAGUGCAUCCUAUUUUGGAAGCAUUUGGAAAUGCCAGAACUCUGAGGAAUGACAACUCUCAUUUUGGCAAAUUCGUCAGGAUGCACUUUUGUGCCAGAGGAAAACAGUCAUCUGUAGACAUCGAUAUUUAUUUGCUUGAAAAAUCCUGAGUGAUUUUCCAGCAGCCCGGAGAGAGGAACAACCACAUAUUCUAUCAAAAUCUGUCUGGAAAACAAGAACUUCAUGACAUGCUCCUGGUGUCUGAAAAUCCCUCUGACUUUCCCUUUUGCUCUCAUGGAGUAGUUGCUCUGGACAGCCGGGAUGAUGCUAAAGAAUUGCUGACCCCUGAUCAGGCCAUGGACAUCUUGGGCUUUCUUCCUGAGGAGAAGCGUGGAUCCUAUAAACUCAUUGGAGCCAUCAUGCACUUUGGAAACAUGAAAUUUAAACAGAAACCCAGAGAAGAACAAGUGGAGGCAGAUGGCACAGAAAGUGCUGACAAAGCCGCUUUCCUCAUGGGCAUUCAUUCCUCUGAGUUGGUGAAGGGCUUGAUCCACCCCAGAACCAAAGUUGGCAAUGAAUAUAUUACUAGAGGUCAAAAUGUAGAAUAGGUGACCUAUGCUGUUGGUGCCCUGUCCAAGUCAAUAUAUGAAAGGAUGUUUAAGUGGCUGGUAAUCAACAGGGUGCUGGAUGCCAAGCUGUCAAGGCAAUUCUUCACUGGCAUUCUUGACAUCACUGGUCUCGAAAUCCUUGAUUAUAACAACCUUGAGCAACUCUGCAUUAAUUUUACCAAUGAAAAAUUGCAACAGUUCUUUAAUCAGCACAUGUUUUUUCUGGAGCAAGAGGAGUAUAUGAAAGAAGACUUUGACUGGGUGCCCAUUGACUUUGGUCUGGAUUUACAAACCUGCAUAGAUCUCGUUGAGAAGCCAAUGGGUAUCUUUUCCAUCCUCAAAGAGGAAUGUGUGUUUCCUCAGGCUACAGAUGUAACUUUCAAGACCAAACUUUUUGACAACCAUUUUGGGAAGUCGGUUUAUUUCCAGAAGCCCAAGCCUGAUAAUAAGAGAUAUGAAGCUCACUUUGAGCUUGUCCAUUAUGCAGGAGCAGUGCCUUAUAACAUUAGUGGCUGACUUGAAAAGAACAAAGACCUUCUUAAUGAAACAGUUGUGGCUGUAUUGCAGAAGUCAUCUAACAGACUCCUGGCAAACCUUUUUGAAAAUCACAUCCAUAUUGACAGUGGUGAUUCUUCAGGGAAACGAAAAGGUGGAAGCAAGUAAGGAAUUUCAUUCCAAACGGUUGCAUCUCUGCGUGAAGAAAACCUAAAUAAAUUGAUGACUAAGCUGAAAUCAACAGUACCUCAUUUUGUGAGAUGCCUAAAUCCCAAUACUGAGAGCGACCCUUUUUCUUCAAGUGUAUUGGACCCUUACUUGCUUCUGCAGCAGCUGCGUUGUAAUGGUAUCUUAGAAGGAACCAGGAUAUGCUGUGAAGGUUUUCGAAACCAAAUGCUGUAUGCUGAUUUUAAACAAAGGUACUGCAUUCUGAACCCAAGGGCAUUUCCAAAGAGUAAGUUUGUAAGCAGCAGAAAAGCGGCUGAGGAAUUACUUGGCUCAUUGGAGAUAGACCAUAUCCAGUACCACUUUGGAAUCACUAAGGUGUUUUUAAAAGCUGGCCUUCUGGAACAACUGGAAGCAAUGAGAGAUGAGAGACAAGUCUUCACAUUGUUCCAAGCCAGAGUACGGGGCAAACUGAUGCGAAUCAAGUUCCAGAGGAUUCUGGAAGAGAGAUAUUUCUUGUAUUGUUUCCGGUGGAACCUAAGAGUUUUCAUGGCUGUGAAGACCUGGCCCUGGUUGAGGCUCUUCUUCAAGAUCAAGCCUCUUGUUAAAUCUGCUGGAAUUGGAAAGGAGAUAGCUGCUCUGAAGGAGGAGUGUGUGCAACUGCAAAAAACCUUGGAGAAAUCGGAGUCUCAGAGGGAAGAACUGAAAGCAAAGCAGUUCUCCUUCAUCAGGGAAAAGAAUGACCUGCUUCUUCCGCUGCAGGCUAAGCAAGAGACCCUGGCAAAUGUUGAAGAGCAAUGCGAGUCGCUGAUUAAAUCCAAGAUCCAGCUGGAGGCCAGAGUCAAGGUGCUGUCUGUGCAGGUGGAGGAAGAAGAGGAGAUAAAUUCCGAGCUGACUGCCAGGGGGCAGAAGCUCGAAGAUGAAUGUUCCGAGUUGAAGAAAGAAAUCGAUGACCUGGAGACAAUAUUGGUGAAGUCACAGAAGGAGAAGCGUGCUACAGAGCAUAAGGUCAAGAAGCUGACUGAGGAAGUGGAGUCUCUAAACGAGGAUAUGAGCAAACUUAAAGUGGCCAAGGUCAUGCAGCCCCAUCAGCAGACACUGGAUGACCUGCUCACAGAGGAGGACAAACUAAGCAGCCUGAGCAGAGCCAAGUUGAAAUUGGAAUGGCAAGUAGAUGAGCUUGAGGGUGCCCUUGAGCAGGAGAGGAAAGCAAGAAUGAACUGUGAGAGAAAGAGCAAACUGGAGGGUGAUUUUAAGCUGCAGCGCGUGAGUAUGGAGCACCUGGAGAGCGGCCAGGUGCAACUGGCAGAGAAGCUGAGCAAGAAAGAACUAGAAAUGAAUCAGAUGAUAAAAGUGGAGAAGGAGAAAGGCCUGGUGGCUUAGCUUUAAAACAUGGUUAAAGAGCUUCAGAUACAGAUACAGGCUUUAAAAAGGGAACUGGAAGUUGAAAGGACCACCCGAACCAAGGUGGAAAGGGAGAGAACUGACCUCACCCAAGAAUUGGAAGCCUUGAAUGAGAGGCUGGAGGAGGCAGAAGGUACCAGUUUGGUUCAGCUGGACAUAACUAAGAAACAGGAAGCAAAAUUCCAGAAGCUUCACUGAGACAUGGAAGAGGCUACACUGUACUUCGAGGCAACUUCUGCCACUUUGAAGAAGAGACAUGCAGACAGCCUGGCCGAGCUCCAAGGUCGGCUUGAAAAUUUACAACAUGUCAAGCAGAAGUUAGAAAAGGACAAGAGUAACUUGCAGCUAGAAGUGGAUGACCUCCUGACCAAUGAUGAGCAGAUGACCAGAGCUAAGGCUAACUCUGAGAAACUCUGUAGUCUGUAUGAAGAGCGCCUGAAUGAAGCAAAUGCAAAACUAGAUGAAGUGACUCAGUUGGUAAAUGACCUGAAAGCACAGAAGACAAAGCUAUGGAGUGAGAAUGGAGAGUUCCUGAGGAGGCUGGAAGAAAAGGAAGCUCUGGUAAGCCGACUUUCCAGGGAAAGGAGCAGCUUCACUCGGUAGAUAGAAGAACUGAGAGGGCAACUGGAAGAUGAAUCCAAAUCACAGAGUGCCCUGGCCCAGGCCCUGCAGUCAGCCAAGCAUGACCGUGACCUUCUCCAAGAGCAGUAUGAGGAAGAACAAGAGGCCAAGGCUGAGCUGCUCCGGGCUCUCUCCAAAAGCAACAGUGAAAUGGUGGUGCAGUGGAGAAUGAAGUACGCAGAUGACGUCGCCCAGAGGACUGAGGACUUGGAGGAUGCCAAGAAGAAGCUGGCCAUGGGGUUGCCGGAGGCUGCUGAAGCCGUGGGGGUAGUGAAUGCCAGAAAUGCCUCCCUGGAGAGGGCCAGGCACCAAAUGCAGCUCGAGCUGGGGGACAUCCGGUCCGACCUCCGGAAGGCCUGCUCCCCAGCAGCUGUGCUGGACCAGAAGCAGCAGCCCUUGGACAAGUGCGGACGCCUGGACGCCUGGAAGCAGAAGCAGGAGGAGUCACGGGCCGUGCUGGGGGCCUCUCCGAAGGAGGCCCGGGCCCUCAGCAUCGAGCUCCUCAAGCUCAGGCAUGCCUAUGAAGAGAGCCCUGUGAGCCAGGAAACCCUCCAGAGAGUGAACAAGAAUCUCCAAGAAGAGAUUUCUAAUCUGACAAAUCAGGUCAGAGAAGGAAAGAGGAACUUAAGUAAAAUGGAAAAGGCCAAGAAACGGAUUGAACAAGAGAAGACUGAAGUCCAGGCGGCACUGGAAGGAGCAGAGGGAGCUCUGGAACGUAAUGAAAGCAAGCUUCUUCACUUCCAGCUUGAACUCUUGCAAGCUAAAGCAGAACCUGAAAGAAAGCUCUCAGAGAAAGAUGAAGAAAUAGAAAAUUUUAGGAGGAACCAGCAAUGUACUAUUGACUCCCAGCAGUCUAGUCUGGAUUCUGAAACUAGAAGCAGAAUUGAGGUGACACGGCUGAAGAAGAAUGUGGAAGGGGACCUCAGUGAGAAGGAACUCCAGCUUAGCUGUGCCAACCACCAGGUGUCAGAGGCAACCAAAUCCCUGGGCCAGCCUCAGACUCAGGUCAAGCUAGAUGACAGCACACACCUGAGCAGUAAGCUGAAGGAGCAGGUGCCUAUGGCUGAGAGGCACAACUCUCUUCUCCAGUCCGAGCUGGAGGAACUGAGGUCCUUGUACAAGCAGACAGAAUGCGGGUGCAGGCUGGCAGAGGAAGAGCUCCUGCAGGUCACAGAGAGAAUCAAUCUUUUCCAUACCCAGAAUACUAUUCUCCUCAGCCAGAAGAGGAAACUGGAGGUUGAUGUUGCCAGGAUGCAGAAAGAAGCCGAAGAGGCAGUGCAGAGGUGUCAAAAGGCAGAAGAGAAGGCCAAGAAGGCAGCCACUGAGGCAGCAAACAUAUCAGAAGAACUGAAGAAGGAGCAAGACACCAAUGCCCACUAGGAGAGGAUGAGAAAGAAUAUGGAGCAGACAAUUAAAGACUUACAAAAAAAGGCUGUGAAGACUGCCAUGAUGGGGAAUAGAAAGCAAAUCCAGAAAAUAGAAUCUAGGGUCCGCGAACUGGAGGGCGAAACCCGUCGCAGUGCGGAGACCAGGAAGGGAGCCCGCAGGCUGGAGAGAUGCGUCCAAGAGCUGAGCUAUCAGGAAACUAUUGAGGAAGACAAGAAAAAUCUGAGCAGGAUGCAGACUCUGAUGGAUAAACUUCAGCUACAAGUACAAAGUUACAAGCAGCAAAUGGAGGCAGCAGAAGUACAAGCCAAUCAAUAUCUUUCCAAGUAUAAGAAGCAGCAACAUGAGUUGAAUGAAGCUAAGGAAAGGGCAGAGAUAGCAGAAUCUCAAGUCAAUAAACUCAGGAUCAAAGCAAAAGAGUUUAGAAAAAAGGUAUGUCAGAUAGUCAACUCUGUUGUAAUUCUUAAAGUGUGUGUGUUUAGAGCUCCUGUCAUCACAGAGACCAGUAGAACAAGAAAUUAUUUUUCAAAAGACUUUGAAGAGAAAAAACAAAAAGUAGGUUCUGCUAAGGUCUUCCCAUAUUUACUAAAUUUUCUUUGUCCAUGUAAUAUGCAGUGCUAAGCAUUUGAGUGGAAUGUACAUUGUA